AUUGCAGGAGAUUGCGUGGGCAACGGAUGGAGGACACUACUGCAGGCGACAAGAGUGACGAAGGAGGAAGCUUUCUUACCUUUUUUUGUUCUCAAAGGAGGCUUGUUUUUCUUUAUCCUGUACGUCGCGUGGAUAUAUGUGGACUCCAACUACGACCUAGGACCAAGGCUUGUGUCGAAGAACUCGUCGUUGCGACCGUACUUUCUGCAGAAGUGCCUCGGGUUGAGAAGCCCUUUCGUCCCGACUCCCUGGGCGCUCAGCCCGCAUGUCCAGACGGCCUUGUCGGCGGUGGUGUGUCCGGGUACGGAGCCGCGGUUUCAGCGGGAGUACCUUGAGCUGAAGGACGGAGGUGUGGUAGCGCUGGACUGGGCUAACUACGAGGAGAAGACGCUGAACGAUCACCGGUCGGUUGUGAUUGUGGUUAGCGGCGUGGUGACGACAGGUGACGGGGUCGCGAGGGUCUGUCACGGCGCGUGGCGGCGAGGGUUCCGCCCGGUGGUGUUCAGGCAGCGCGGGCACACCGAUGUCCCGCUCACCACGCCGCGUCUCCAGAGCUUCGGCGAUCCCUCGGACUUCCGAGAGGCCUUGGAGUACAUCCGAGCGACGAACCCGGGUUCUGAUCUCACCGCGGUCAGCCUGAGCACGGGGUGCGGGGUUCUAAUCUCGUACCUGGGCGAGUACGGUUCCUCUACCUACCUCACGGCAGCAGUGUGUAUCUCACCAAUCUAUUGUGCAGAAACCCUCUACUCCUCCCAGGCUAUCCCCAGCCUUUACCGAUGGAUAUUAUUGCAGAGACAAAAAGCAUUGCUUCUCUCGCACGUGUCUUGCCUACAGAAAGUUGACGCGUUGGAUAGCGCUUCAGCACUAAGGUCAGGGUCAAUGGUAGAGUUCGAGGAAAUAGUGUUUUCUAAAACCAACGGGGUUCACACAAUGGAGGAUUAUUGGGAACAGAACGAGCCAACGCGUGAGAUAGACGAAGUGGCCGUCCCUUUAUUGUGUAUCAGUAGCAAGGACGAUCCACUUGUACCGAAGGAAAGCAUCCCUACAGAACUAUUCCUCACGUACCCUCACUUCUUCUUGGCGCUGACCGAGAAGGGAGGGCACUGCGGGUUUUUCGAAGGAUUCCAACCAGAGUCGAGGGCUGAACGGUUGGCUUUUGAAUUUUUGCGGGCUGCACAAAAACUCAACAUGGCCGCCCACGCGAAUGGGAACGGUAUGAUGGUAUGAUUAUGAAGUGUCUUGUUACUUUCAUCAGAGUCCUUGUUACGUAAUUACGUAUAGUGAGCUCUCCUCGACUUCAUUUUUACGUGGGUUUUCAUGCUUGUGUCCUCUAUAUGACUGGAGUAUUAUAUUUACUAAACAAAAAGAACAGUAAGUGCCACUGUUUAUAAGUCCGGUUUCAGACAUUUGUGAAAAGUGUGAGACAUUUAUGAUGCAUGUUGUUGC